AUGCCGCCGCUGCUGUUCACUGGCCUGUUCGUAGGAUUGUGGUGCUGGAAGUGUGCAAUGAUGGUCUUGUUCCAGAAUACCAUUAUCUACAAUCCAUUCUUACCGCCCAAUGCGCGGAGUAUGACCAUUAAUGAGGUUUCCCGUGACUGUGGACGUCUAAAGUGGAGGGAAGAGAGAAUCAGGUCACUGGAUGGCACUGAGAUUGCCUUGUGUGUAGCAGAUGUGCCGUCAGUACCUGAACCAAGUCCUGCCAAGACCAAGCCUCCCAUUUAUGUUCUCUACUUUCAAGGUUGGCCAAUAUCAUUGAUCGUGAAAUGCAUCGUCGCUACCACCCAGAUUGCCAGAUCUUUCUUGGAUAAUGCGUCGAGCUCACGAGAGCGAGCCGUCAAUCCAUUACACCAUGCUCGAUUACACGAGAGCAAGUCGGAUAAAGGCGACGGAGAAAAGCCAACAGUACUCCUCUGGGGGCAGAGCAUUGGCUGUGGUUUUGCGACCAACCUAGCUGCCAAAGGCGAAUUCCCUCGCGAUCUAACAAUAGGUGGUCUCAUACUCGAAACGCCAUUUACAAACGUUCGAGCUAUGCUUCAAGCGUUAUAUCCACAAACCUGGCUCCCCUACCAAUAUCUUUGGCCAUUUCUCCGAAACCACCUGGACAGCUGGGCCAACCUCGGCAUGAUAGCCAAGAGGUUUCCGGAGACGCCGCCCGGCAUAUUCAUCGUGGAAGCUGGAAAGGAUGAGCUUGUGCCUGCCAAUCACGCUGAGGAGCUGUUCCAGCAAUGCCAACGGGUCGGACUUCCGGUGGAGCGACACAAGGUACGCGGGGCACUGCACAAUGAAGCCAUGGUGAGAGUAGCGGGCAAACAAGCACUUGCGCACUCCAUCGUCACGGCUGUUACACAGGCACGCCGGCAUGAGAGACUGUACCGAGUGGAGGUGUUGGGAGAGCUAUGCCAGGUACCUUACCUUGGUGCCCCUUGCUAA